UCAAGGGGAAGCUGUGUGCCACCCACGUCCCCACUGGCUCCUCCCACCCAUCUUCCAGCUGUGGCUGAAGGGCGCACCUCAACUUAGCCCCCUUCUGUGAUGGACACGGAGGCCCCCAAGAAGUGCCAUCCAUGUAAGAAGAGUAGGACUGGGACCCAGGAGAAGUUUGCCAGGAAGUUUCCAUACAGGUUCUCAUGGCUGGCAGAGCCCAAACUGGAGUCCCUGCAGGCCUGGGCAGUGGCGAAGAUGAACAGCUCGCUGCGGGAGCAGCUGCCCCUGCAAAAGAUGUUGGUGCCAACGAGGUCCAUCCCUGUCAGAGGGCUUGGGGCCCCAGACUUCCCGGCACUGUCCAGUCUCUGCCCACCGCCUCCAUCUCUGCUUCCACGUCCACCACCACUGAGCAUCAUCUGGGAGCUGGUGCUGCUGAGCCGCCGCUUCCCUACCCCUGAUACCCACACCCCAAGAAGCCCCUCCAGGAGCCCAGCCCUGCUCAGCCAGCAUCUCAGACCACCCCUGAACCCCACUGCCCAGGGCGCUCAGGGCUGA